CUAGCUAGGGUUUUAUUACUUCCACUGCUCUCUCAACAAAUAUAAAUCCACACUCCAUAGCCGCUUUCUUCUCUUCGCCAGGUUCCUUCAUCUUUGUUCUCUAGGAAAAACUCUGAAGAGAGUUCCUUUAAGAGGUUUCCAACAUGAGUAAGCUUUCAGGGGAUACAAUUCGUGAUGCGGUUGCUACUAUCAAAACUGGUGUGAAUAACAAGCCUCGCAAGUUUGUUCAGACCAUUGAGCUACAGAUUGGAUUGAAAAAUUAUGACCCCCAGAAGGACAAGAGGUUCAGUGGCUCUGUUAAGUUGCCUCACAUACCCCGUCCCAAAAUGAAGGUCUGCAUGCUUGGAGAUGCUCAACAUGUGGAGGAGGCAACAUCUAUAGGCUUGCAAUGGAUGGACGUUGAAGCAUUGAAGAAACUAAACAAGAAUAAGAAAUUGGUCAAGAAGCUUUCCAAGCAGUACCAUGCCUUUUUGGCAUCAGAGUCUGUCAUCAAGCAGAUUCCUCGGCUUUUAGGCCCUGGUCUCAACAAGGCAGGAAAGUUUCCCACCCUCGUGACUCACCAAGAGUCAUUGGAGUCUAAAGUUAAUGAGAUCAAGGCAACAGUGAAGUUCCAAUUGAAGAAAGUCCUUUGCAUGGGGGUUGCUGUUGGUAACUGCGACAUGGAGGAUAAGCAGAUUUUCCAGAAUGUUCAAAUGUCCGUGAACUUCCUUGUUUCGUUGUUGAAGAAAAAUUGGCAAAAUGUCAAGUCCCUGCACCUAAAGAGUACCAUGGGUUCACCAGUCCGCCUCUACUAAGCGAGUUCUAUAUUACGACAUUGUAGUUUUGGAAUGCUUAGAAAUGUCAUCCCUUUUCUGAGCAGAGCUUAUAAUUGUUUUCUGAAAGAUGAAAUUAUGUCCUUGGAUUUUAUCAUUUCAUUUCUUUUUUGUUUUGAAUGCUUAGCCUUUAAUCCAGACCUAUUAUGUUUGAUAGAUGUGAACUUUUUUUCCCUUCAAAUCUUUACUGUUGCAGGACGUAUCUUG